GAGUUUAAAAGAAGUCAAGAAUAUUGAGCUCGAGAAAAAUGGAACAAUACCCACUACUUUGACUAGGAAUUACAAUUAUUAGAGACAAACUGAGACUUCCAUUUUCCUCGGGGGCCCAUCACCAGUCAAUCUGGAAAUAUCUGAUGCUCCAGAGUCAAGAGUCAAGCUUUGAUCAUAUAUUUCUGCUGUUCUAAGGUUCAAAGUCAUUUAUUUAUUGGCAUUUUGGGGUUAGUUGAAUCACGAUAUAUUGUUUAUGAAGGCAACGCGAUUUACGUGAUUGGUCCUUCAUUUAUAUAUCGUGCUAUUCCUGCAACUCCAGAGCUGGUGGAACCGAUCUGCUCUGCUUUGUAGAUUCGCACUUGAUUGGUGGAACUGAUCUUAGCAUCUUUGAUUUUACAACUGAAGUUGAACUAGUCAGUUAUUGAUACCAAACGAUUGGUGACCAUGUUUGGCCUUUGGGGAAAGUCUCAUCAUCAGGAGAAUGAUUCAUUGCAGCCUGAAGGGAAGAUCAACGAGCUGAAGGCUGCAAUUGGACCUCUAUCGGGACGUAGUUUGCAGUUCUGUUCUGAUGCAUGCUUCAGGAGGUACUUGGAUGCAAGGAUUGGGAAUGUUGAGAAGUCGAAGAAAAUGUUGGAGGAUACACUCAAAUGGAGGUCAAGUUAUAAGCCUGAGGAAAUCAGUUGGCCUGAAGUUGCAGAAGAAGGUGAGACUGGAAAAGUUUAUAGAGCUAAUUUUCAUGACCGUCAUGGGAGGACUGUUCUGAUUUUGAGACCAGCAAUGCAGAACACAAUGUCGUUGGACAAUAACAUCAAGCACUUGGUGUAUCUUAUAGAGAAUGCUGUCUUUAACCUUCCAGAAGGUCAGGAACAAAUGGCUUGGUUGAUAGACUUUACCGGGUGGACACUGAAUACAUCUGUGCCUGUCAAAUCAGCACGCGAUACCAUCAAUAUUUUACAGAACCACUAUCCUGAGAGGCUAGCAGUGGCAUUUCUCUACAACCCUCCACGGAUUUUUGAAGCAUUUUGGAAGAUUGUCAAGUACUUCUUGGAAAAUAAGACAUUUCACAAAGUUAAGUUUGUUUACCCGAAGAAGAAAGACAGCGUGGAGCUUAUGAAACAGUAUUUUGAUGAGGAAAAUCUGCCUACUGAGUUUGGAGGAAAAGCCAUUCUAGAGUAUAACCACGAGGAGUUCUCAAAAAUGAUGACCCAAGAUGAUGUGAGAUCGGCUGCUUUUUGGGGCCGUGAUAACAAGUUACUUCAUGCUAGCAAUGGCCAUUUUGGAGCCGAGGUAGCUCCUGCACCAGCUUGCGUUGCGCCAGCAGCUAGUUGAGACGAUGUGCUCAUAAUAUUGAUAAUUUAGAAUAAAUGAGGUGGUUUAACGAGAGAGCUGGUAAACUAACAUGAGCUAGUUAUCGAAGUCUUCAAAGUUCCGCUGAAACCUCUCUUGCAGGUGUAUCUGAAUGUCGUGAUGAGAGAGGCUCCCUGGACUGUUAGAGGCUACAUUGCCAUUCAAAGACAGAAGAUUGUACUUGACUACGUGUAUUCUAGUAACUACUGUAAACUGUUGAAUGUUCAAUUAUGAAAUGCUUGAAGAUGGUAGUUCGCUGUGUA